CUCUGCUGAUGGCUUAGGGGCGCCAUGGUGGAGCAGACCUGGCGUUUUCGGCCAUGGGUGCGAGAGCCAGUGCCCCUGGGCAUGACCUGCAAACCCUGGUGGAAAGACCAGCUGCCUUCCAAGUGUUUCGCAAAGCACAAAAACAAGCUUCUCCAGUUUCCCACCUCUCUGGACAGUCGGCGCUGGAUAUUUGUUAAAGAAGGUCUAGAUGACUUCAGGAAAGGUUGUCCACUUUCCAAAGGUUUGAUCACUCGUGGCACCAAGGAAGCCUUUCUCCCUAUGGUCGCUCACAGAGUCCCGCAGUCUGGCACCAAAAAGAGGCCGAGAAAGCCACCCAAGGUCACAAGCCUGUGCACCACAUUAUCUUCAGCCCAGCAAGCACGCAAGGCAUUCUUGCAUGACCUUGAGACCUGUAUUACUCAGGAUCCUUCAGCUCUCUUCUCCACUCUGGAAGAAGAUGUACCUGCAGAUUUCUUGCUAAAAGCACGCGAAGUGCUGGAUCCAGACUGGAAACUCGAACACAUAUUAGAUUAUUGCGAGGAUCACAGGAAAGAAACCAAGAAAUCUACCAAGUUUUUUAAAAAACAUGAACCGAAAGACUUACCUAGACUUCCUGAGAUUCGUCAGCCAAGUCGAUACAAAUUUCUUCAGGAAGACAAGAUAAGCAAACUGUAUUUCCUCAGUACUCUUCCACGUAGUUAUAUGCCACAGGGAGUUCGAGACUUCUGCAAAUGGGUCGCUACUUUGGGAGACACAGGCAUCAAUGAAGAGUUUCUGCUGAAACGAUUUGACAUUGGCUUUGAGUUCAAGCCAACCUAUGAUGCGACCGAAAUAAAGCACGUAAAUCUGCUUCCUUCUGAGCUCAAAUACUGCAAGGGGCUAAAGAAAGUGAAGGAGAUGAUAUUCGCCAUACAGGAAACAGAUUUUGAGAAGAAAGUUCAGAAAAUAAAGAAUCCCUAUCAACAGAAGCAUGAGAAAAUAAGGUACGGAGCAUGGUACCUAAAGCCCAAAAUGUGGAAAAAGCUAUUAAAUGACGAGCCUUUGAUUGACCCUAAGAUCUUAAGUAAAGCUCAGCGUGAAUCUAUUCCUGAUGUUAUUGAAGAUCUCUAUGCAACAAUUGCCUUUAAGGACUUCAUUAUAAACAAAGGCUACAAUAUGCCAGGAAUCCUUGAGCAGUUGUUCACCAAGAAGGGAUGGACUUAUGACAAGUUUGUGACCCCCAUACCAAAAGCAGUAGAGGCUCAUGACAAAGUACAAGCUACUUUUGAACAAGAUGACUAG